AUGUCGACGCCUUCCGAGUCCCCGGCGCCGAUCGCGUCGCCGUCGGGAAUGACGCCGUCGGGCGUGCCCAAGCCCAGGCGGGAUGCUCAGACCAGGGCUUUGGAGGGGAUUCGACAGUUCCUGGUGGGUCGGCGCCGGGCAGAGUGGUAAGCUUGGACGUUCCUUACUGACCUUGUGUAUGUCGCAUCUCGAUACAGCAAAGCAAGAGUUGUUACGACAUCCUUCCCGAGAGGUGUGUCGGCGCAUGCAAGCCACUGGUUCGUCGUACCGAUCUACUGCUGUGACUGAACUCGAUCUUCUUCCGUCACCUCUAGCUUUCGCUUGAUCGUCUUUGACAACAAGCUGUCCAUCACGAGGAGUCUGCAGGCUUUGGUCACCAAUGGCAAGUCCCACUUGUGCUCGCCGUCGCUAUAAUCGUCGUCAUCGAGCACUGCUCGUCGGUGAACGGUGCUAUCUCCGUUCAGGAUCACAGCUCCCCGGUGCUGUACGUUUUGCGUAGCGUGUAGCUGAUCAUCAUGCCCGUGUUGAUUCUCAUCCCACAGGCGUGGUCUCGGCACCGCUAUACGACUCGACGACCCAACGCUUCGCCGGCAUGUUCACCCUCGCGGACGUCGUUCACCUGAUACAGUACUACUACCUCACAUCGCACGAAUAUGCCAAUGUUGUUGCUGAAGUGGAAGCGUUCCAGUUGGGCAGCUUACGCAGUCAGUGAUCGACGCCGGGACGGGAUUCCUUAUCUGCCGCCGAGCGCUGACCGAGUGCCUCAUUCGUCCUUCCUCCCCACAGAGAUCGAGCAGGCCAUCGAUGUUCCGCCACCGCCGACGAUAUCCGUACACCCCGAUCAGCCUUUAUCGGAUGCAUGCGCUGCGCUCGUACGGACCCACGCUCGACGUCUGCCACUCGUCGACCGCGACGACCAGACGGGCAAGGAGACCAUCGUCAGCGUCCUAACGCAGUAUCGAGUACUCAAGUUCAUCGCCAUCAAUGUGAGUUGGUUCCGUCAAGCCUGUCAUCGCUGGUCGUGCUGACUUUUGCUUUGCUCGUCAGUGCCAACACGACUGCGCUCGAAUGGAACAAUCGAUUGGCGCGCUCGGGAUUGGGUCAUACUGCUCGUGGUAUCAACCCUCCUCCGCACUCUCGUCGGACUUAUCGAGUGUGACUCCCCUCAGCCCAGCGCCAUCCACCAGCAAGCUCAUGUCGCCCAUCGAUGGCGUCUCGCUCCUACCAUCCGACAAGGUCAAGAACCUGUCCUCCGCCCAACUCGACCGGGAUAACGCUGAAGCAACAACACCGCAUGGUGAUAAUGCAGCCACAACAACAGCAGAAACCCAUCCUGCGUCAGGGCCAGGUGACGAUGUCCCCGCGUCGAACGCCGAAUUUGGGGUGCGACCCACGGAUCGGUAUUUCCCGCUCUCGACGGCAACGCUCAAGACGAGUGUCUUUGAUGUCGUGCAUAUCUUCUCCGAACGUGGUAUUUCGGCGGUACCGAUCAUUGACGAGGAUGGGAUCGUGCUCAACAUGUACGAGACGGUCGACAUCGUAGUAAGUCCAUACAUGCGCCAAGGUUGGCUUGUCGGGAGCUCGAGCCCGCUUGACUGACGUCGCCUUUAUUUUUUAAGGACCUGGUGCGGCAGAAUGCAUACGAGGUGCUCGAUUCGACGAUUGAAGUCGCUUUGGACCAACGCUCUGCCGACUUUACGGGUGUGAUGACCUGCAGCCCACGGGAUUCGCUCGCCUCGAUACUCGCCUACAUUCGCGAGCGGCGGUGUCAUCGAUUCGUCAUCCUCGAACCGGAUGGGGUUCCGCCGCAGGGCGGUCGACCGGGAAGGAAAAAGGGUAGCUUGAUUGGUAUCUUGAGUCUGAGUGACGUGCUACGGUAUCUGGUAGGGCAAGAGAAUCUAAAGGGCAUGGAGGUCCCCGGUCUCGGUAAGUUAUCUCGGCACCUGCACUUCAUUCGAAUGCAGUGAGUUAUAGCUAAGCGAAGGCGCAAUCACCUUGUUCGAAUUAACAGGUCUUCAUGGAUUGCGAGGCGUCGGCAAUGUGCCCCCGGAAGAAAUUGAUGUACUCGACGACGGGGUCUCGCUGCGGUCCAAACCGGGCAGUCGGCGAGGAUCGGGAGCAACGGAUGCUGGCAGUUCGGGGAUCCCUUCGGCGGCCGACAUUAUCGCGUCCCAGGUCGAACCAGGCCCCGCUGCGAUUGCCGGAGCAAAUCUAGGGCUCGAGGACGUGGUCGAGGACGAGGUGUUGAAGGCCGCGGCCGAGAGGUGA